AUGGUGGUGGUAAAAGCAUUCCGCGUCCUGUACCGCAUCCUGGUCGAUUACUGCUCCAACUGCUCCCUGGCCGGCGUGGGGUACAUCUCCAACCGGAAGUACCACUGGACCGAGCGCCUAUUCUGGAUGGCAUGCGUCCUGUUCGCCUGGACCGGCUCGUACAUGCUGAUCAACACGUACAUGGAGCUGUUCCGCAAGGAUGCGGUCAGCAUCGUGGUGGAGAAUCUGGAUCCGCGCAAAGACAUUGCCCACUUCCCGUCGGUGGGCGUCUGUGAGAUGGGCUACACCAAGCAGCAGUACGAUGCGCUCCAGCAGGUGAUCGACGGGUUGCGCACGACCGAGGAGAUGGAGUACAACUACGAUGUGGAGGAGUUUAUGUUGCGCCUGAUCUACCACAACCUGUACAACUACGGCUCGAUCAAGUCGUACUGUGCGAUGUACAAGGACUGUGACGACUGUGUCAAGUGUCCGGUGGAGGGGUAUCCAAGGUUCUCGAACGCGGUGCGGGCGAACUGUUCCCAGCUGUUUGAUGAGUGCCGCUGGAAUGGGAAGGUGUUCGAUUGUUGUCGCUACUUCCGGCCGAUCCAGACGACGAUGGGCUCGUGCUUUCUGCUCAACUCCAUACAGACUGUUAGCAAAUAUGGGCCACAGUGGUUGCGGAUGGAUAUGAGCAUGGCAUCGCCGAAGGGAGAGCUGCAGCUGAACUUUAGCCGAGCUACAACGGCUCUUUUACUUUCUUUUAAGGCAUACGUCCAGAACGAAGAGGACAUCCCGCAUAUGCUGCUAACCACGCUCCAGUUCAACCAGAUGCCGGAAGGGUACGCUGGGAAGAUCUACAUCACCGUCCAGAGCAUCGCAAACGAUCCGCUAGUUCGAACGGUUGACAAAAGUGUGCGGCGGUGCGUUUUCCCCGACGAAGGGACCGACCACCGGUACGCGAAGUACAGCUACAGUGUGUGCGUGACGGAGUGCCUCAAGACAGCGCAGAUCAAAACGUGCAACUGUUGCCACCAUAACAUGCUGCUUGGAAGUACUGGAAGUAGUGUGGGUAGUGGUAGUAGUACAGCAGUAUCACACAUCCCUUCUUUUCCAGAGAACGAUAAAAGUCCCGUCUGCGGGUACGAUGGGCUAAACUGUCUCGACCAGCGCGAUCUGAUGUUUCCCCAGACGACCAUCAUGCAGCCGUGGCGCACGAACGGGCUGGUGUGCGAUUGCUUCCCUUCCUGUACCGAGCACGAGAUUCGCAUCAUAGGACGCGAAACGGACAUGGAAGCACGGACCGGACGCUCGGUACUGAUCAAGAUUAUGAGCCUACCGUCGCAGCGCUACCGGCGCCAGAUCGUGCGCGAAGACAUCGACGUGGUCGUCUCGAUCGGUGGCAUAUUGGGGCUGUUUACCGGGGCGAGCAUUCUAAGCUUGGUAGAGUUUAUCUACUUCUUUACGGUGCGGUUCGGGUCGUAUGUGGUGACCGAAAUUAAGGAGGAAGAAAGUGCCGAUGAUGAGUCGGAUGAGCAUGACAAGCAGGACAAUCGGAAGGCAUUGCAUCAUGGUUAAUAUCUAACUGGAUUUUGAAUUUCUAACGGGAUUGUUCAGUACCAUUCGCUUGAGGUUUUAUAGGAAUUUGGAGUGUGUCCUGGAAAUCGCUUUUUUGUGCUAUGCUUCAUUCCCUUAUUUUUUGAUUUUUCUAACACUGGAGUGGGGUCUUAAGCUCAGAACAGGUCUGAAAAUAGUUCCAAGGGGAUGUAUAAGACACGUGCUACGAUCUAGCUCCAAUAUAGAGUCCUAGUUCCAAAGCCUGGAUAUCUUUGGAAGUUUGGAGAAAGCUUGAAAGGAUUAUCAGGUCUCGCAUAGGGACACUGGAUGUCCCCAUUUUCCGCUUGUGUGCGCCUCAGAGUUUACAGACACCUCAGAAUUACAUUUCAAAGUCCUAUCACCUGCCCACAUGAACUAGUUUAAUACAAAUUCUUCAUAUUUGAUGCAAGUUUUGCAAAAAAAAAACAAACCCCGA